AUGUCUUUCGUCGCCAAUUCGGCCCAAGUCGCCUCUUUCAAGAAGCGAUGCAGCGAACCCUGCUAUUCCCAGGAAGGUCUCGUGGUCGAAUUCACCACAACCAGAGAUUUUAUCAAAAGCGUCCUACCACCGACUCUCGAGCCCACAGAGGAAUCAACGGGGCUGAUCAACGUCUCUCUAUGGCAGAGCAAUGUGUGUGGCGACUUUGAGCUUUCCUCUGUCUCCGUACGCUGUAAGGCUGAUGGGAUUGAGGGCUACUGGGUCCUCCACCUCAUCGUCUCCGAAGUCCCCGCUAUCACUUGGGGUCGCGAGACAUGGGGUGAGGUGAAGAAGGAUGGCAAAGCUCGGCUCAUGUCCAACGGCACGCGCAAGUACGGUUUUGCGGAGCGGGCGGGCGUUCGGCUUAUCGAGAUGGAAGCCGACUUCGCUGGUGAUCAGCCCGAGGGCCCCAAGACGCUCGAAUGGUAUGACUUUGAAGUCAAGGCAUUCCCCAAUGUGAAAGGAACUGGUCUAGAAGCAGACCCUAAGCUUAUAGCACUUAAGGUCAUCGACAAGAGCGCGACACACGCCGUGGGAAAGGGCAAGCUGACUCUACGCGGCACGCCAUCAGAUCCACUCCACACGAUCCCUAUUCUAUUCGUGGGCGACUUCUCGUAUAGUACCGGGACCAGCAGUUGGAGUGUGCUGUCUGAAAGAAAGCUUUGCGAAGCCGAGGAAUACUUGCCUUUCUUUGUUUUUCGACACUAUGAUGAUGUACGGACUUUACAGGUCAGGCCAGGACUAGGAUCAACCCAAUAUACGCCACAAGAGGAUAUUCAGGGUUCUAGAGCACAGACGUGGAUAAGCAGGAAAAAUGAAUUAUAG